AUGCCAAGUACAAGAAUACCAUCCCCUGCUCGCUCUGAGGGUGUUAUAACUACACCAAGAAAACAUAGGUUUCGAGGCUCUCGUAGUAUUGGAUCUCCAGCUAGGUCUAACACCUCAGUUAAACUUUCAUCUAUAGUACAAGAGUAUAAAAUGAACGCAUUUGUAAUAUCUCCUCUCGGAAGUAGGAGAUCUGUGUUAUCUGACAAUACGGAUAUUGAAGCUCCAGGACGUAAAAGUUGGUGGAAGAGGCUUGAGGAGAACUCGGUGGAUGUUAUGGAAGUUAUAGAAAACAAACAAAUAGACCAAGAUGAAAAUGUAGAGGAAUAUAUUGAUGCUGAUAUUUUAAGUCAGGAGAAAAAAAAUUACACAGUCGAUUUACCAGAAAGUAGUGAUGCUGAAUCAAUAAGCAGCAUUGUUAUACCCCAAAGAAAACUUUUCACACAAAAAGAUAGUCAAUCAGUGAAAGUAUUUGGCAAAAUAAUGGACAAUAGCGAAAGCCUGGCACAACUCCAUCGGAGCAAAAUUAACUAUGAUAAAACUAUUCAUGUUGGUAAAAAAGAUUUAUUUAACAGGGGUACAAAGAAAUGCAGCAAACCUGUAUUCCCUGCCGCGCUGCUUAAUGUAUCUAUCAACAGAACAUUGCCUAAUAAAACUAAAGAAAUUGCAAAUCAGGGCCAGGCACAAAAUCUAUUCGGAAACCGAGCAGGCGCUAAACGCAAGAAUAUAUUUGCUGAAUUUAUUGUAUCGGAAAGCGAAGAUGAAAUUCCUGAUAUUCAACCAAAAGUUUUUGGAUUUUCCAAAAUCAAUGAACACAAGCAACAAAAAAAGUCAACCUCACAUGAACCUCGAGAAACUUCACCUGCUUCUGAUAUAACUGAUAUAGAAAUUGAUGACUGGAAACUUUUACCAUCAUCUACAAUGGUUGAUAACCAAUUUGGUAAUAUUGAAAGAAGCACUCCUGUGAAAAGAAUUAGAUUAAAUAAGCUAAGUGAAGCUACAGAACUUGCAAAGGAAUGUAGUAACAAUUCAACCGACAAAACAAAACAAUCAGCAAGGUUCAAAAUUUCAAAAUUCAGAAAUGGCGAAGAAUUUAUUGAAUCACCGUGCCCGGAACACCAUAACAAUUCCAAACAAAAGCAUAUUGAAAAAAAUAAUUCUAACAUUAAAAUGACAAAUAAUAAUGAACUUAAGAAUCAAGAUAAUAUUAGGAAAGAUGCUAGCAGUAGUAAAAGUUAUACAGAGCAAAGUGAUACGGAUAAAAUAGAAUAUAACCUAAGAAUGAACAAAAAUAUGUCUAAUGUUACAAAAAUCCGUGAUAUUGUAGCUGAAGAUUCGAAAAAAGAUAAAGUUUCAGAAGAAAUACAAAAUGAUGACGAUGACUUCAUUUUGCAAUACGAAAAUGAUGACUUUAACCUAGACGAAUCUGACCAAGAAAAUGUAAAUAAUAAAAGUCUAAAACAUCAACAACAAAGUAAAACCACCAAUAUAAAUAAUCAAAAUGAGAAAAAUACAACAUUAGAUAAAAAUAAAUCUCAUCUAAAAGCUUCAGAUAGUUCGCAAAUACUUUCUAGUUCAUUCCAAUUGAAGUAUGUUAAUGAUAAGUUAAUAGAACAAAUCAGUAGUGUUAAAAACGUUUCAAAAAAUAUUACAUUAAACAAAAAUGUAACUAAUUAUUCUGUCACCCGAGAAAUAAAUGAUGAUCUACAAAAUACAGCUAAUUGCAAUAUAAGAGAUGAAAAUCAAAUUAUUACUUUACCAUUAACAGGUGAAGAUAUAAAAAAAGGACCAGCUACCCAUGAACUGCAUAAUAAUGAAAAAAAAUUAACAACCUCCGAGGAGGUUCUAGUGGACAAAGAUGAAAGUGAUUUAGACAAAAACGUUGUUGUACAAAAACACAACAGAAGUAAUGAUAAUAAUAGCAGCGAGAAUUAUCCUUUUGAUAAGCGGAAUAAUACAGAGAAAGUAAAAAUAAAUAAUACAAAUAAAACAGAUCAAAGUCAAGAGAAUGUGUAUGAAAAAGUUGAAGUAAAUAGAAUUUCACAACAAGAAAAAAAAGAUAAUGUAAAUGAUAAUAAUUAUGAAUAUGCUAAAAAUGUUGCUGAUUAUCAAAAAGAAAAUCAAGUAAUUGACGAUGAAGUUGAUGAAGAAAAAAACAAAGAUGAAAGGAUUCAGGAAGGAAGUGACGAAGAGAUUAUGGAAGAAAAUGAUGAAGACGUUCAACAAGAAAAUGAAAUGAUUCAAGACGAAAAUGAUGAAGAUAAUGAGGAAGAAAAUGACGAAGAGUUUCAGGUAGAAAAUGAUGAAGAUAUUCAAGAAGAAAAUGAUGAAGAGGUUCAAGAGAUUCAUGAAGAUACCUACGAAGAUAUUGAGAUAGAAAAUAACGAAGAGGUUCAGGACACAGAAGAUGAGGAUGAAGAGAAUCUGAGUGAGGAUAAUCAAAAAGAAGAAGACGAAGAAAUACAGACAGAAAAUAAUAAAAGCCGGGAAGACAAUGAAAAUGAAGACGAUGAUAUUCACGAAGAAGACGAUGGUACAAAACAAGAAGAUAACGAGGCAAAAGAUUUAAGACAAGAAGUACCAGAAAAGAGUAUUCAUGCAGACGCAGAAGAUCAAAAUGAGAUAGAAAAUAAAACUAAUAAUAUUAACGAAGAAAACGAAGAUCAGGAAUUAAUUGAACAGAAUAGUUUUCAAGAUCAAAAUGAAACAGUAAAUCGAGAAACGUUAAAAAAUGAUAAAAGUAUUCAUGGUGUGACUAAGCAGUCAAAGCUGGACUUAGAAACAAAAAAUGAAUUUAUUAGAGGUAAAAAUGAUUUAGUUAUAGAAGCAGACAAUCAUAUUGAAGAUUCUAAUAAUACAAAAGAAAAUAACAAAACCCGACGUGUAACGCUACAUACAACACACGAUACGACUGGCAGAAACAGACACAGAAUCGAAUUAGGCGUGAAAUCCCCAGAAUACAUUCGACAUUACGUACCAAAUGAAAUGGAAUCAUUUUCGCCAAAAGGACACAACAAAAGCAUUAGAAAAACUAAAAGCAUAAUUAAAAUUCAACACGGAAAACCAAGUCUUGCACCACUAAGAGAAAGUACGGGAACUUCCGAUGAAAGAUCCAAAAAUUCAAGUGUAGAAAGAUCAUGUUGGGACUCCCAUAGAACUACAAGAAAGACUCUUCGUCAAACAUUUGGUAAAGAUUUUACACCAAGGAAAUCUUUGCGUGCACUCGUUAUGGAAAAGUCGGCGAAGAGACAAACCUAUGGGCAGGAUAUGACUGUUAAAGUUCCUCUAGCGUGCUCUACUAAAUUACCCGAGAACAUGGAUGUGGAUAUAUCUGAAGAUGACGAUGACGGCGAUAACGGUGAAAUAAAUGACAUUCAUGAAGAAAUCAAUGAACCGGAACAAACAAAUGAUGCAGAGGACACAGAAAAUACAAAAGAAAAUAACCAAGAAAAUAUGAGCUCUUACAAAUCUCCUUCAAUUGACGUAUCAGAACAGGGAUAUUCAUCUAAUGCAGAUAUCCCACAACAGUCAUCCGAUAUGCCCAAUUAUACCACUGAAGAAUCGGAUCAUGAAAUGUCUAGAAUGAGGCGGCAAGCGACAUUGGAAAAGUAUUUACAGAAGAUGAAAAUAGAAAAUUUGGAGAAGAGACGCCAAGCGGAAGAAGCAGUGAGAAAUUCCCUUAAAGCAACUACAAAGGAAUCCUUUAAUUUCUUCAAAAUGCCAGCCAGGCCAAAUGCAGCUCUGCGUCGGAUCAAUAUGAAAACUGGACAAACAAAUUCAAAAGUUAAACAAAUUAAAUCUACCUUAAUACCCAUUGAAAAUCUACCCGCAGAAAUAUUGGACGACAUGAAGUACAAACCGCCUCGGAGAUACCAGCCCAGUAACGCCUCUUGGAUUACAAAGAGGCUAUAUAAGUUUCUUGAGGCUAAAUUGGAACCCAAAUACGACUACAAAGCUCGCGUUCGAGCCGAGAAACUGGUGGAGACAAUUUACAAUUUCACGAAAGACACGCGUCGUCAUAACGUAGCGUCUGCAAGUGCUGUGGAUGUUUUGAAACAAGAGAUGGCGAGAUUGAACAUCGUGAGAACUCACUUCGAGUUCUACGAAUUCUUCCACGACUUCAUGCCGAGAGAGAUUCGCGUAAAGGUUGUACCUGAUGUGGUGAAUAAAAUUUCACUGCCGAAGCAUGGCGUCUUCUCAGAUAUCAUUCGAUAA